AUGGCUUCUGUUGAUUUCCACUGUCCCUGGUCUUUUGGGAAUCAAAGGAACCAAGAUAUUUCAAGCGUCAAUUGCAGCAAUUGCCAAGAGCAUCUGAAUGGCAGUGAUAGCAUUUUUUGUACUAAAUGUAAGCUGCCCUCCGAAUCAAGCUGGCCAAGCAAAGUAUCCCCAGUGAAACAACUUUGCUGUCAGGAAAAAGAUAGAGAUCUUGUAGCAUAUUGUUUCACAUGCGGAAUUGAUUUAUGUCAUGUUUGUUGCAUUGAACACCAGUUCAUCAAGCAAUAUGAAGGUCACAAUGUGUCUAUACUUAGUGAUCACCUGAAAAAGGAAAGCCUUUCUUUGCCAAAUACCCAGCUUACUUGUUGCCUUCACAAGGAUGAAAAUUUGCGAUAUUUCUGCCAGACAUGCGGUACAUUGAUCUGUGAGGAAUGUGCUUUGAAGGAUCAUCCAAAAGAAUUACAUGAUUAUGAAUUUGUGGAGACUGAUUUAAAUUUGAAAAUAAAGCAAGAAAUCGUUAAGAAAAUUGAGGUUAAGAGCACAGAGUUGAAGGCUGCAUCAAAGUUAAUAGCAGAGCGACGUGCACAUUUACAAGAGCAGUACAACAAAGCUCAAUUUGAUAUAAAUAAAGCUUCCAAUUUUUUCUACAGUGUAAUAGAAAAUCGCAAACAGCAAUUACUCAAAGAGCUUGAAGAUAUCUAUCUUCAAAAGUUGGGUCCAUUGGAAUCCGUUAGUAACCAGAUCAGUGAUGUUUUACGAGAUUCUCUACACUCAUCCACACUUAUGGAUUCGUCUCUUUUCUCAGAUUACUCGAAUGUGACAUCAGUAAUCGAGAACUUAUAUUUUAACAAUGUUAUUGAACAAGCCCAAAAAUUAACUGCCCAGUUAUUCAGCUUAGAGUUUUUAUCAAACUAUCAGGCUAUUAAAGUUGGUGUUCAAGAUACAUUUGGAUUUAUUCACCACAAACAAGAAAAUUCACUUGUAGGCAAGCUUUCUACUGGGGUUCAUGACAUUAAAAUGGAUGUUAUUGGACCAAAGUUGGAGUCAAAUUUGUCAAGCAUUUGUGAUGUCACAAGUAACAUGGGGUUUUUUGAUACUAAGAGUCCUUUCAAGAAGAAGACAGAUUCCGAAACAUUUCUAAACGGAUCUGUUUCUACAUUUCAUGCACCAAUCUUGCCCUCGAAUGAACCUCUGAAGAAUAACUUGCUCCCACCUCUUCAUAAGUAUUUUAAACGUGAAAAAAUGACAUAUUACAAUAAAUUUGGAGAAUUUGGUAUAUUGGAAGGUCAAUUUGCUGAACCAAGUGGCGUCGCAGUGAACUCGAAAAGUGAAAUCAUAGUUGCCGACACAAAUAAUCACAGAAUUCAGAUUUUUGAUGCUGAUGGGAAAUUUAAAUUCAAAUUUGGAGAAGUUGGUAAAAGUGAUGGGCAGUUUUACUUUCCAAAUCGAGUAGCAGUGUUGCCCAACUGUGAUGAUAUUGUUGUCACAGAACGUAAUCCAACUCAUCAAGUACAAGUAUAUAAUCAGUAUGGGCAAUUUGUGAGAAAAUUUGGCUCUGAUGUUCUUCAGCAUCCACGUGGCGUUACGGUUGAUAAUGAAGGAAGAAUAAUUGUUGUUGAAUGCAAAGUCAUGAAGGUUGUGAUUUUUGAUUUGAUGGGAAAUGUUUUGAAAAAAUUCGGAUGCUCCAAGUACGUAGAAUUUCCUAAUGGUGUUGCUGUCAAUGAUAAGCAAGAAAUUUUUAUUAGCGACAAUAGGGGCCACUGUGUGAAGGUAUUUAAUUAUGAUGGUGCUUAUUUGAGGCAGAUUGGGUGUGAAGGCCUCACUAACUACCCCAUUGGUGUCUCAAUCAACAAAAAUGGUGAGAUAUUAAUUGCUGACAAUCACUCAAGUUUUAAUGUCACCAUAUUUACUCAAGAUGGCCAACUAAUAAAAGGUCUUGAAAGCAAAGCCAAACAUGUUCAAUGUUUCGAUACAACAGUGUUAGAUCCAGAUUCUGUUGUCCUAGCGAGCAAAGAUUUUCGACUCUAUUUAUAUCGUUACAAUGCUUAG